AGAAUGCCCUAUUUUGUCCAGUCUUUUCAAUUUUACAGAAAAUGGCUUCCGAGGAGUUGGUGACUGAGCAAUUUCAAUUUCUUGGUAUAGAAGUUCCAAGAGAAGUCAUAGUAAAAUGUGUUAGUUUGUGUGAGGAAUACGAUGUCGACGCGGAAACCUUUAUUGAACAAUGGAUGGCGUUCAGUUUGAAUCAAUUGAACGGUGCACCGCCUACUUUGGAAAGUUUAGAAACGCUUGCAAGAAAGGAAUUUUCCAAACGAGCCGCCAACCGAACCAACGCGCCUGUCAAAGAAGCUACACAUAGUGCCGGCACAGGAUUGACAGUUUACGGAGCACCUGUUGCUCCUCAGCCAGAUAAUGCAGUCCUGUCGAAUUACAUGUCUACGACUCCGAAGAGAGUGAAAAAAGAACCCGAUGCAACUCCUUUGCAUCAAGUUGAACUUGGCCCUGCCACAUACUCUCCAAAUGUUGACCGCUCUGCUAAGUAUGCCUCACGAACAAACCCCGGUUCAGUUGUGCAUUCGUAUGGCGAUGAAAAUUUGCUGCAAGUCAUUAGCCAACAAAAUAACCAAGCUGAUAUCUUGAACCUAAAUAUUACUCAAAUACCCAAUGAUGAAGGAGAAUUAUAUACAAAGUCUAUGUUCGGUUUUGAGUUGCUACACGAAAAAGCCAGUACAUUCGACAAUCACAUAAGCUACACAUCCAAAUGUAUAAUGAAAAAGGCUGGCUUAUCAGGCCCUUCGUCUGUUAGGCAUAAGACACAGACAGAAGUAGUGGUGGCAGGCCGAAUAGAAUGCGACGCAGAUGCGCGACUCAAUCCCAAAUGCGUGGUGCUCCAAGGCACGUGGGAAGAUUCUUUGAGCCAGGCAGUACCUGUCGACAUAGACAAUUUGAAACAGUAUUCACUUUUCCCGGGUCAAGUUGUAGUGAUGAAAGGCAUCAACCCGCGGGGAGACAAAUUUAUUGCACACGAAGUAUUUUGCGACGCGUCUCAACCGAUACCAGACCACAAAGCUGAUAUUAUGAAUUGUUUACAAGGUACGAUGUCAAUGUUAGUAGUGGCCGGUCCAUACACGACAUCGGACAAUAUGAACUACGAGCCUCUGAAAGACUUGGUCACGUACAUCAGCGCACACAGGCCGCACGUGGUCAUAAUGACCGGCCCGUUCAUGGACAGCGACCACUCCAAGGUCAAAGACAACUCCAUGGCUGAAACGUAUAAAUCCUUCUUUGAUAAAUUGGUCGACAGCUUAGGCGAACUUAGUUCUAGCAGUCCCUAUACCCGCAUUUACAUCGUGUCAAGCCUGAAGGACGCGUUUCAUGUGAACAUCUACCCCACGCCGCCGUACUCCAGCCGGCGGAAGCACGCCAACAUCCAUUUCUUGCCGGACCCAUGCACGCUCAGCGUCAGCGGAAUUGUUGUCGGCGUCACCAGCACCGAUGUACUCAUGCACGUUAGCCAGGAGGAGAUAUCGGCCGGCGUGAGCGGCGAUCGGCUGUCGCGUCUAGCGGGCCACGUGGCCAUGCAGCAGACGUACUACCCUCUAGCGGGCGGCGCGCUCCCGCGGGACGCCGCGCUGUGGGCGGCGCACGCGCAACUACCCUCCACGCCGCAUAUACUGGUGCUGCCAUCUACCUUCCGAUACUUCGUCAAGGACGUGAAUGGUUGCGUGGUGGUGAACCCCGAACACCUGACGAAGGGAUCCGGCGGCGGCACCUUCGCGCGACUGCUCAUCUCAGCCGCCGGAGACACAAGGAACAUCGCCGCGCAGAUCUUACGCAUUUAACGGUACAAUAAACUCAUGUUUACACAA